CUUCCUCCUCUGUCUCCCUCCCUCCCCCCAGCAACCAACCGGGCUCUAAUGGAAGGCUGCUUUCUGGGAUCCUAAGGCUUCUUCGCUCUCCAUCCUCAUGUGGUGUGGUUCGGCGCAGGAUGUGUGAUGUGCCCUGUGUAAGAUGGUGGUGUCGGGGAGCCCAGGAUUAAGCAGAGCCAGAGGGUUGCGAUCGGCGAGCAGUAGUCAUGGUGGAGGUCCAUCAGCGAUGCUGGACACUUCUUAAUUACCUGAGCGUUGUGCUGUUUCCAGCGAUGCUAACGUUUUCCACGCUACCUGUUAAACUCUCGGCUUUUCCUGCCUCCUUGAGUGACUGUCAAACACCCACUGGCUGGAACUGCUCCGGUUUUGAUGACAGGGAACACGACUUGUUCCUCUGCGACACGAAUACGUGUCAGUUUGGAGGGGAAUGUUUGCGGAUCGGACAGACUAUAACCUGCGACUGUCAAUUCAAGUGCAACACAGACUAUGUGCCGAUGUGCGGCUCCAACGGGAACACCUACGAGAAUGAGUGUUACCUGCGCCAGGCCGCCUGCAAACAGCAGAGUGAGAUCAAGCUGCUGGGAGAGGGCUCCUGCACUCACGAUAUGGGAUCAGGUUCUGGGGAUGGAGGAAACGAAGGUUCGGGAGAAACUAUUCAGAAGAAAACCUCCUCCUGUGAUAUCUGCCAGUUUGGGGCAGAGUGCGAUGAGGAUGCAGAAGAUGUUUGGUGUGUUUGCAACAUUGACUGUUCCCGCAUCAGCUUCAACCAGGUUUGUGCUUCUGAUGGCAAAUCCUACAAUAACCCCUGCCAGGUUAAGGAUGCAUCCUGCCAGACUCAGGAGUUCAUAGAAGUAAAGCAUUUGGGACGAUGUCCAGAGAAUGUGACCGUAAGUACAAAAAGUGAAGAUGUGCUAUUUGCAAGGACCGAUUACACAGAAGAGACUGCAAAUAAACUAGAAGAAACUGCUCGAUUUACCCCUUGUCCUAAACCUCUUGCUACUUAUUGUCUUCAUGGAAAAUGUGAAUACGGGAUUCAUAAGCAGGAGCCAAUAUGCAGAUGCGAAGCAGAUUUUAAGGGACCACGCUGUGAACAAAGGGAGUUUAAUGUUUUGUACGUAGUUCCUGGAGCUGGAAAAUUUCAGUAUGUCUUAAUAGCAUCCAUCAUUGGAGGUGUGCAGGUGGCCAUCAUUUUAGUCGUAGUUCUUUGCAUAACAAGAAAAUGUCCUAGGGGCAACAGAAUUCAAAGACAGAAACAAAACUCAAUACAUUACAGUUCCGACAACACAACAAGAGCAUCCACAAGAUUAAUUUAAAAGGUGCAUGACUGUACAGCUGCAAAAAUAAUUACACAAAGCUCGGACUACUGAUUAAUCAUACAAAAUGGAAUUACACAUGUUGCCUUGCAUUUGUGGUAUACUACACCAAUGAAUACACAUACUACAGCUAUAUUUGACUAUGUCUGGAUUAUAUUUCAAACAGUAUAUGCUGUCUCAAUGUGAUUUUUUCCGUAAUAAAAAAACUUAAAUGGUUAACUAAAUCACAAUAUUGAUUUCCUUUGCACAACUAUGGAAAAACAAAAGCCGGACUAAUGAAAAAUAAAUAUUUCUGUGAUGUUUAGGAAUUUUUUAAAGAUGAGACGUACUUUGCAUUAUUUUUUUAAAAGGCAAGCAAUUUGUAAUCUUCAGUCAGGCACGACAUUGCGUUAAAAGUAUAGAGAGUGAGGAGUUUGUGUUUGUGGCUGAAAAUUCAUUCCUGCAGAGCUAUGAGUUUGUGACUAGCGAGGUUCUAACAAUGAGUGAUUCUUUUAGUUACUUGUUACCACUGUGGCUGCUGUAAUAGUCCAGUAGUAAGACCAGAAGGCUUGGAAAUGUUCAGGUACUGUAAAUAGAAUGCUAUUUAUCCUCUAUUAUACUAUACAUGUCAGUGGAACAAAAAUCACAGUUAACAAGGCUCUCUCAAUUUAGAUUGCCAAGCGAUAGGGAGAAAGUACAGUAAUAAGAGUCAUCAGCAGGCUUUCCGAUUUUAUAUUAUGUGUUUUGUGCACUUGAAUAAUUCAAAGAUCACCUUUUAUAUGAACAGUAAAACAGGCAUUAUGAGCCACUGGAAUCAGUGAGUUAGAGGUCACCCAGGAAACUUAGCUGCCAAUGAGACUAGAAACGUCCAAUUGGCCAGGAUGGGGAUCCGUGGGGAAUCACACACCUAGUUACUGGGAUUGAAAGAGAACAAGUGGGACAUUUUGUUCCCUAUGAUGUUGAUUCCCAUUUGGAAUAUCCAUUUCCAAUACUAGCAUUACAGAACAAAUUGACAGAAAUAACUGCAGCAAUAGACCAUUUGCAAUUGUUUUUUAUACAUCAACUAUUGCACUUGUAUUCCCUGAAGUGCAUCUUCCCUGCAUAGCUUCGUCCUCGGGCUGAGCUGUCGUCUAGGCUACAGAACUGGAGAUAUAGGUCACAUCCUUGGGACUCUAUUGCAAUCCAACUAGACUAGAUCUAGGUCACAGCCCGGCCCCAGUGAUGUGAUAGAAGUGCAACUGAGUGAGAGUGAGCACGGGGCAUCCCUCCAAUAUUGAGAAUCCACGUCACCCUCACUGUGAGAGUUGAAUAUCACUCUUACAGUGCCAAUUGCUGUGACCAGAGCUUAAGCACUUACUCUGAAUCCUCUGCUAGGCUUCCAAAUUCUUGUUAGGUAUGAAAAGGCUCCCAACUCUGGAACACUGGGUAACAUAUCAGACUGCUGCCUGUAACAACAAAGCCCCCAAGUAUUUAUUACAGACAUCACCACCAAGGAAACCAAGACUAACAUGUUGGAACGUAGAGAUUUAUCAUCUUUACCAUGAUCCUUCCACCUAACUGCGAGUCUAAUAUGUGUCUUAGAGGUGCACAACACCGGAAUCCAUUGCACAGUUCUGUAUUUCAUACGGUACAACAGCAGAGUUAUUGAUGGUCCAAGAUACUUGGAGAAAUCUUAAGCCAGAGUUCUCAUUGGUGUGUGUGCAUUUCCAGACCAUUUCUGACACUGGGCAUAAUUCCAAGAUCGAAUUCAAACAUGUAUGAUUCUUGUACAACAUGUAAUUUAAUCUCCUGAAUUUCAAAGAGCAUUACAAUGUUGUAUGUAAACCUAGAAGAGAAAAGCAGCAUGUGGCAUUAUACAAUUUUGAUAUAAACUGCUGUAUAAUGUCCACACUUAGGUGUACAAUCUUGUAAUGUUUACUGCUGGUGCAACUUUAUCACAGUAUAAAUGGUGAUACAGACCAGCAAAUCAUUCAUAGACACACAUGGUUUAUUCUUCAAAGCUGGCGGUCCUGACCAGUCACUAAUAUGUUUCUAAGCUGCACCUUUCCGUUUGUCUGUGUAUUGCUGUAUAUGUAAUGGUGUCAAAUAACAAGUGUGAAUAAAGAAUUGCCUUGAAAUCUUA